GUGAUGUAUUAAUAGAGUCCCUGGUUGGACUGUGAGUGUGAGAGUGUGUAUAUUUAGCUUGGAGGGGUCUGGGCCCCCGGGCUGGUCUGCUCUGUUAGUGUGGGAGGAACAUUGUAUUGAGUGGACUUCUCCUUCUCCUCUGAUGUGUGUCUCUGGGAGCUGAUGAGCAGGACGUCUCUGGAGACUCAGAAGCUGGACCUCAUGGAUGAGGUGUCGUACCUCAAACUGAAGCUGGUCAGCAUGGAGGACACAGACACCCACACACAGACGCAGAACACCGCACACACGGAGCAGAACAAAGCCGAGUGUGUGGUUAAUUUCAUCAGUGAGCUCCAGGAGCAGAUGUGCAAGUUUCAAGAGGAGAUCAGCACUCGUAUCCAGGAGAAACGGGCCCUGGAGGAGAGGGAGUCCCAGCAGGGCGAGCCCGGAGGCAGCCAGGCCCAGGGCCACAGCCUUCAGGUCGGGUUAGCCAGCUACGACCUGAGCCUGUCUGACUCAGAUGAGCGGAUACACAAUGGAGGACUGACUGCACACGAUUUACUGCAAGAAGUGAAGCAGCUGAAGAGCAAAGUGGACGAGCUGGAAGGAGAGAAGGGCCAGUACGAGAGGAAGCUGAGAGGCACCAAGGCAGAGAUCGCAGAGCUGCAGCAGCUCCUGGCAUCCAAAGACGCUGAGAUCGAGUGCCUGCAGACCCAGCUGCUGGCCAGAGGUGGCACAACCAAUGACAACGCAGAGAGAGACCAAGAAUACCAGAGGUUAAAGGUCGGGAUGGAGUCUCUGCUCGCUUCAAACGAUGAAAAGGACCGACGUAUAGAGGAGCUGACCGUUCUGUUGGCUCAGCACAGAAAAAUGAGGGAGGUCAUGGCUCUCACGCAGGGGAGCAGUGAGGAGGAGCUGAGCGGCACUCUGAGACUCAGAGCCAUCACAAACAGAGCACACUCUGAUAUGUUCAGGUCAGAGAUAUCAUCCAGAGGAUCCUCCCCGCUCAUGUUAUCCUCGUCUCCUUACCAGAGAGAGCUGGACUCCAGUAUCCAGAACUCUAUGGACAUAUCUCUGGUGUCUGGUGGGGACACAAGCUUCUUUAAUGGAUCAUGGCAUCGGCGCAGGUUGCUCUCCAGUAGUCUUGAAGAGUUGCAGAGUGGAUCCUUGCAGAAGGCUGUACAGAUCCAGCCAGUAGAAACAGAGUCAGACGUAGGGGCAGAGAGUCAUCACAUGGAGCUGAGCAAGUACCAAACUCUGCCCGGGAAGCUGAGUAAAAGGAGCGAGCUAAGGGCCGAGCUGAACGGAGACGAAGAGAGACACGGAGAGUAUCUAUCUCCCGUCCGGCUCUCUCCGGUCCAUAACCUCGACCAGGAACCCAGAUUCAGGCGUCCAGAGAAGCUGGAGGAGUGUGUCCUUUCAGACCAGUCCCCUCUGUCCUCCGGAGUGGACUCUGGGCAGCAGUCUCCGGUCUCACCAGAGAACAGGAAGACUCACAGAGGCAUCAAGAAACUCUGGGGAAAGAUCCGCCGCAGCCAGUCAGGUAGUCCCUCCCAGGUUCAUGAUCCUGAGCUGGGAGAGUUCAAGAGGGGAGGCUUCAGAGCUACAGCCGGCCCAAGACUGGCCCGUUCAGGGAACACACGAGACGUGAAGGAGCCGUUCUCUAAGUGGAGCACAGAGCAGGUGUGUGAGUGGCUGGAGGAGAUUGGACUCGGUCAGUACAGCAUCCUCGCUCGCCACUGGGUCACAAGUGGUCAAAUGCUACAGUCAGCCAACCCACAAGACCUGGAGAGGGAACUGGCGAUAAAGAACACCCUCCACAGGAAGAAGCUGCAGCUCGCCAUCAAGACGUUCAGCUGCAAGCAGCCUGAGAAGUCUGCAGAGCUGGACUACAUCUGGGUCACUCGUUGGCUCGAUGACAUCGGCCUCCCGCAGUACAAGGACCAGUUCAAUGAUGGACGGGUGGAUGGGCAGAUGCUGCAGUAUCUCACUGUGAACGACUUGUUAUUCCUUAAAGUGACCAGCCAGCUUCAUCACCUCAGCAUCAAGUGUGCCAUUCACGUUCUCCACGUCAACAAGUUCCACCCUUACUGCCUGAAACGCAGGCCCAGCACUGAGAACCAGUUCAGCCCUAGCGAGGUGGUCCAGUGGUCCAACCACCGAGUCAUGGAGUGGCUGAGAUCUGUGGAUUUGGCAGAGUACGCACCAAACCUGAGAGGCAGCGGCGUUCAUGGAGGGCUCAUAAUGCUUGAGCCUCGGUUUAACGCGGACACACUGGCCAUGCUGCUGAACAUACCGCCUCAGAAAACGCUGCUGAGACGUCACCUCGCCACCAACUUCAACAACCUGGUGGGAGACCAAGCCACACAGGAGAAGAGGGAGUACAUGGAGGCAGCAGGGUAUACCCCUCUCAACAUCACAGCAAAAGUCAAGCCGAAGAAGUUGGGUCUGUCUAACCUGACUCACCUCAGGAGGAGAAGGUCGGAUGAAUCCACAGACUACGUGUGUCCCAUAGAGUCAUCGUCGCCUCUGUCAGGACAGUCUGCUAAUGGGGUGCAGGUCAGGCCCUACUCUGGUUUUAGAGGCCUGAGCCCCAUCCUGGACAGAGAGCCGGACCGCCCCAGAGACCAGGUGGGGAACGAUGACAUCAGAGCUGACCCAUCUCAAUGACAACAGCUUCAACAGCGUCAUGGCGACACUGUGUUGACGUGCUUCCCAUAAGCCUCUGGGCUCUGCUACUACUCUGCUUCCUUUGCUUGUGGCCCAUAAUACCUCAGCCCAUCUCCUCCCUGCUCCUCUGAACCCCUCCCAUCAGCCCCCCCUGUGCCUUAAGAGUGAAGAGAUUCAGAGACGCCUUGGUCACCCCGCUGACUGUGCUGCAGCCCCCACUGCUGCUGCUCACGAGGGGUGUACUGAGAACAUGAAUCCACACUUGAAGUGUUUGUUUCCAGUCAGAUGCCUAACUAACCUGACCUCAGCCUCAAACCUGUGCCAUGAUCUAACUUCAGACAUCUCUUUGGACUCCACUUCCUGUUACAUCACUUCCCCAAAAUCCAUACAGUAAAUAUGGAUAUCUGUUGUUGUACAGUAUUACACCGUUACUUUAACAUGUGUGCAUCAUCAUUAGAGGAUUUUAAAUGUGUGAGUCACUCAUUUACAACUUUGAUUUGGAUAUUUAAGAGAGUUCUGUCACGUGGUUGAGAUGAACGUGUGCAACAUUUGCAUAUUAAGGAGGGUUUUUAUUUAAUAUUUAUGUCAAGUAGAAGAAGAAACGAUGAAAAAGCAUGUCCAGUUUGAACCUGGGGGGAUGAUUUUGUACUAUUUUCAUAUUGACAGUAUUGCUGUACCAGUAUUUUUAUAGUAAUGAAGACCCUGCUCCUUUGAAAGAAGCUCACCUGUGCUCAUGUAAGAAGAUUUAUCAAAUCAUUUAAUAAACAAAAUCAUAUGUGUGUGUAAAA